AUGGAAGAAAACAAGAAGUGGAUGCAUAAAGAGACUGAAAGACAAAGAAGACAAGAGAUGGCCAACCUCUGCACCAACCUUAGAUCUCUUCUUCCUUUAGAGUAUAUUAAGGGAAAACGCUCGAUUUCGGAUCAUGUGAAUGAGGCUAUGAACUAUAUCAACCACCUACAAAUCAAGGUGAAGCAGUUAGAAGCUAAGAAGGAAGAGUUAACGAAUAUGUCUAGUUUGAAUACAAACGUCCCUCAAACUGAAUCUACUAGUGCUACCAAUCUUCAACCCUUUGUUAUUGUUCAACCUUUCCCUGGAGGAAUUGAGAUUGUGUGCAGUUACAGCUUCAAGAAGUGUUUCUUUCCUUUGUCAAAAGUGCUUUUCAUGCUGGCUAAAGAAGGGCUUAAUGUAAUAAGCUGUACUUCCAACAAAAUAGAUGGCAGAUUCAUAUACAACAUACUAUCUGAGGAUCCGAUAAUGACCGGCGUUGAUUUCUCUGAGCUGCAAAGAAAACUUACCGAAGCAGUAUCAUCUUCAAGUUUGCCAGAGAGUUCAUCUGAACCACAAAAUUGGCAAUAUCUUGAGAAAAAUGUAUAUUUUCAAAGUUUCUGA